GGAAGUGCUGUAUCUAUGCUUCACUUCACGCACCGUGUGAACUGCGGUACACAACGCUGUCGCCCGGAACUCAUCACACCCUUCUCAACCAAUGACUUUUUUUUCACACUGUGCCAUGAUUGUAGAGUGGAUAGUCAGUUACAGAUAAACAUUGUACUCACACCAUCAGACAGUCCCGCUCAGAAGCAAAUAUCAAGGAUGACGUUACGUCUGAGACACGCGCUGGUCCUGCUGCUGCUGUUGCUGUUUCUGGAGGGUGGUGAGGGAUGGUGGAACAGAAGCCGUCUGAGGCUGGUGAGACAACGUCCCAGCCCCACCAACACCAACAAAUGCCAAGUGUUAAGAGACUUACUGAAGAAGACACGUUUGUCCCAACGGGAUAUUUCCAUGAUACUGAACGUUGAUGAAGACCCUAUCAUGACAAAAUACAAGCAGAACUCAGUGGAUCAACGUGACAGUAUGGCUGCAAGCGAAACCUUGCAUGGAACAGUCAAACGAUGAGGUAACUCAACGAUUGCCACAGACUGAAAAAAUAAAUCUAAAAAUCACAUUAA